AUGAGCAAGACAUUCAUUUUUUCGUCGGAAUCGGUGACCGAGGGCCACCCUGAUAAAGUUUGUGAUACCGUAUCUGAUGCGGUGUUAGAUGCGUGUUUGGAGCAAGAUACAUCGAGUCGUGUGGCUUGUGAGACUUUUGUGAAAGAUAACGUGGUCGGAUUAGCGGGUGAGAUCACGACACAAGCGGUGUUUGAUUAUGGAAAAGUGGUUAAGGAGACGUUGAAGGAGAUCGGUUAUGAUUCGGAUUACGCUGAGGGAACCAAUUAUUCUUACACUUGUAAAUUUGAGAAAGGAGCAUUUUUGAUGAAUAUGCUCGGUCAGCAGUCACCCGAUAUCGCCCAAGGGGUGGAUGCAGCGGGAGCGGCUGAUAAAGAAACUGAUGAGCAAGGAGCAGGCGAUCAGGGAAUUAUGUUCGGUUAUGCGACGAAUGACACAGAGGCUUUGAUGCCAGCGGCGGUGCACUACUCGCAUCGCUUAGGUGAGGCUUUGACAAAUUUACGUAAAGAUCGAGUGCACACUUGGUUACGCCCAGAUUCAAAGACGCAGGUCAGCAUCGAAUACGUGGAUAAUAAGCCGAAUCGUGUCACGGCAGUGGUGGUGUCGACGAUGCACGCGGAGGACAUCACCACUCCAGAAAUCCGUGAGCAUCUGAAGCGUGAUUUGAUCGAGAAGGUUCUGCCGGGUAAUUUGUUGACUGAUGACACGGAGAUUUUGAUUAACCCGACUGGUUUGUUCGUUGUGGGCGGGCCUGAGGGUGACGCUGGUCUGACGGGUCGUAAUAUCAUCGUGGAUACUUAUGGUGGGAUGGGCCGUCAUGGUGGUGGUGCUUUUUCAGGAAAAGAUCCCUCAAAGGUGGAUCGCUCGGCAGCUUACAUGUGCCGCUGGGUGGCUAAAAAUAUCGUGGCCGCAGGUUUGGCAAAUGAAUGUGAGCUGCAGGUGGCGUAUGCGAUCGGUCAUCCUCAUCCGGUGAGUGUGAACGUGAAUACUUUUGGCUCCGCUCAGCUCGAUGAGGUGGAAAUCGAAAAAGCGGUGCAGGAGGUUUUCUCCUUCAAGCCUGCGGAUAUUAUCUCGCAGCUUGAUCUGCUGCGUCCGAUUUAUGGAAAGACGACAAAUUAUGGCCACUUUGGUCGUGAAGAUGCCGGCCUCACAUGGGAGGAAACAAAUAAGGUGGAUGACCUUAAGAGUGCUCUCGGAAUUUAA